GCCGUCAUCUUGCCGCCAAGACUUCUCAGGCCGGCGAACUUUUCUCUCUUUAUUGAUUACAUAACCUAAGGUUCAGCUUUCAUCGUGUUUUAAUCGCCGACGUUGUACUACGAUGGUGCGUUCAAAGGCUCCGUCGAAGAAGCAGCAGAAGCGCGGCAUAGAUUUUAAAAAAAUAAAGCGAAAACUUGGCCGGAAAUUGCCUCCGCCGCAGAAUGCUACCAACACUGAAAUUAAAUCCAAAGCAAUUGUGCUUCCUGAGCAGAGUGUGGCUGCGGAGAAGACAGGCUUAGCUGUGAGUAGGAAGGGAUUGACCUUAAAAGAGCUUCUUCAGCAAACAUCCCAUCACAAUUCGAAAGUUCGAAGAGAUGCACUAAUGGGCAUAAAGGAUUUAUUCGUCAAGCAUCCAGCGGAGCUGAAGUCGCACCUUUAUGUUGUUAUUGGAAAACUCCGUGAGCGCAUCAGUGAUGAUGAUAAACUGGUCAGAGAAGCACUAUAUCAACUGUUCAAAUCAGUGAUUUUUCCUGGCUGUAAUCAGGAUUAUGAAGGGCCUCUAAUCUCUCUAAUGAUGGCAUACAUUUUCUGUGCAAUGACAAAUUUUUCAAUUGAAGUUCGUUUGAUGGCCUUCAGGUUUUUUGAUCUUGUUGUACAGUAUUAUCCAGGCUGUUUUUUCUCAUAUGCUGAAAAGGUGCUCCAGAACUAUGAAGAUAUUUUACGACAAAACAAGUUUUACGUAGAAGAUAAGGGAAAGCUGAAGAAUGCUCUUGCUGGAUUAGUUCAUUGCUUGUCAUUGUUAACAAGUAAUAAGCAAGAACGUGAAAAGGCCAUUGCUGAGAAAAAGGUACUGCAUGCCUAUGAGCUUGAUGCACCUACAGGGGUUUCUAUCAGCAUUGAUAGACUCAAGGAGCUUGUGCAAGUUUUAAUUGGUUGCUUCCAAGAAUUUAUUCCAUUGUUUAAUUCUACGACGGAACUUGAUGCACAAUCAUUUCAUUGUAUUCUCAGUAUACUUCAGAGUAUAGAUAUUUCUAUGGAGUUUCUAAUUUGCAGCAUCCUUAAGGAAACACCACAAUCAAAAUUUCUUCAAGUACCUGAUCCGACCAUGCUUGAUCAAACCUUCUCGUCAGUGCUGCUAAAGAAGUUAUUGGGUGUAUUUCCCCUCAAUCCAAAGUAUCACCUUUUUGGAAAGGAGGAUGAUAGAUUUUUUGUCUUGAACAUUCUGAUCUCAAAAACAUUUUUGCACCUUCGUGAAUGGAUCAACCCACCGGCUAGUUUGUUUGAGAACUAUCUGGAAUUUAUAGUAAAUGCACUGCUUGGAAAGAUUUGCAGUGAUACCAUAUCUGGAAGAGCAAUCUGGGAAAAGCAUUUACCUUCAUUGCUUCCUUUCAUACCAGAGCUUGUAUUGGAAGUGGCUGGUGAUUGGCAGCCUCGUCUUCUGGAGGCAUUUACCCAGACAUUCAAGCUGUGCAGUCCAGACUCUUCACUUAAAUUAUCUUGUCUUUCUGCAGUGGAGAAAAUGUUAAUUCCAAGAGGAGACACUUUAGACCUAGAUGCAAAUGAUCCAGUAGUAGUAGAUUAUCAGAUUUCUUGGAUAAGAGAGCUGCCAAUAUUGUUAAUCCUUUUGGGUGAUAAACACCCAACCUCUUCACAGGUUGUUCUGCGCCUUAUUCUUAAAGUUGGGCAAUUUGCUUGCUCAAUCUCUUCUCGUGCGAUAGAAUAUGAGAAUAUUCAAUACUCAAUCAUGGAGUUUUUUGGCACAUUUCAAGGAGGAAACAUAUGUUAUGGUCCUUUCACAAAGCUUCCAAGGGAUUGUCAGGAAUUGUCUCUGUCUUGCGUUUAUUAUUUCUCCAACAUAAAUCUAGAUUUAUUGAGGUCUAUAGCAUCUUGUUUCCUGUGUCCUGAGUUAGAGCCCUUUUUAUUUUUCCGAAGUAUAGAGGUUCUGCAGUCGGCCUAUAAAGCUGGACAUAUCCAGAUUUCUGAUCAAUUAAGCUUCUUAAUCACUUUAGUAACCCGUUUUAAUGUUGAUAUGGAAUCAUUCCGAACAUUCCAAACAUUCAAGUCACUCACCUGUAUUGUUUUCUCAUGCUUGGAAAGUAUGGGGGAUGGUUCCCUUAUUCUGCAAAUGGUAGAGGAACUAAUUCUUGAGCAGAUAUUGCUGAAUCUACCAAUUGUUAAUGCAUGUGCUAUGCUCAGAGUAAUCUGUAAGCUGGACUCUAAACCGACAAUUCUUUCUGAAAAGAGUAUUAUUAAUCUGAGCAAUUUCCUGCCAGCAUAUUUAAUCAACGUUGCACAACAUAUACCAGAAGAUGAUAAUGACUCCACCUUCUCUAAUUGUGUUCAUAAACGCCUUUAUUAUCUUCUGCCAUGUGUUCUCUUGUUUGAUAGGAGUCCCAGGCUUCUGAAUAUUGUCUUGGACAUGAUGGGUUCGUUGAUAACUGGAAGUAGUUCAUCACUUCCAACUUGUGGUUAUAUCCAAUAUCAAUAUACUACUGACCGUUUAAGUCAGAUAAAAGCCAUUGUUUCUGUCCUUCUAUCAAUGCAUAUGGAUGACAAAAUGCGGAAGAACUUUUUCGUGUUCAAGACUGAGAUUGACCACAUUUUACAAAGCAUAGCCUCUUUACAGACUACGAAUGAACUCCAAAUGAACACCGAAGAAAGGCACAAAUUACAACUUUCAUGUGAUCAACUAAAGGAUAUUUACAAGUAGGGCACUGGUGGGCAGUGAUAAUCUAAAGGACUUCCCUAGCUUAAGGUAUUUGUUCUUGAAUCAUCUUUACUUUUACGCACUAUAGUUUGGGAUUGUAGGAUAAUGCAAUCUGUGAUU